CCUAUCGCCUUACGUCGGACCUCUAUCGCAAUGUCGAUUUGUCAGAUAUUGUACCGAAAAGCACAAAUCGGAGAGCCCAGUUUGUUUAUACCCGCCCUCUCAGACACGUUGCCGUAGGAGAGGCUGCACGGGGUGUACGCCACUACAUCACGACAUUCACCGCAUCCCUACAACGACCUGGGGGGGAGAGAACCCAGCCGUGAGCGGAGUGUCCUGAAGUCACCGCUCAUAGGAGACGAAGGGGAAGCCACUAUAGUCACUUCUUCUGGUAAGUGUGUGAUGCUCUCUAGUGGAUGAGAGCCCGUAGCCCCGCUAUACGUUGGAGGAUGUCUGCGUCUGACUCCGAUGACUCAAUAGACUACCUGGCCAGCGACAGUGAGGAUAAUGACAACGACAGUGGCGUGGGACUGAGCCCCGACGGACACACAGUCGACAGUGCCAGGACGGCACCUUCGUCCUCCUUACCCCCACCCUCAUCAUCAUCAUCAUCAUCAUUAAGGGACUCUCCCAGUAACACCGACUGUGGUUCUUCGAAGGACGGGAUCUCUAGGCUAAACAGGAAUUCCAACCAUGAGGACCCCCAUAGGCUGAGCAGUGACACGGGAGAUUUCGGGGACUCUGGCCUCAGUAGGGAUGGGUACAGUGAUAAUUCCAACGAUGUUGACCCUCGACUGAGCAGCAGGGACAGAGAUUCUAGUUGUGGCGGUACCCCUCCAGCCACCUACGAGGGGGGCCGCUGCCCCAGUGAGACCCAGGGAUAUAGCUGGCCCACUGAGGCCAGUGAGACGCAGGAAUAUAGUCCUACUGUGCAUGGCCAGCAGCAGCAGAGACUGUCAUGGAGCCCGACGUCCUCGUCUCAAGCCUGGGAUAGAAACAGUGGACAGAGUGGCACUGAGAAACCUGGGCAGGGCAGGAAGAGGGCACACGGCCAUGGAUGGCACCCAGGAGACCAGUAUGAAGGCUGUAGGAACAGAGACACAACGAAUCCUGGGGAGCCUGAGAAGGAUCAGCUGUUUGCCCAGAAGUGUAUGGAGCUCCAGCGCUACCUCCAUCCCCUGUCUUCCAUCCUGGGAGGUCUGCGCUCUGGGAGGUACUCAGAACGUCUUAGCAGUUUCCAGGAGAGCGUUGCUAUGGACCGGAUCCAGAGAAUAACGGGAGUCCUCCAGAACCCAAACAUGGGUGAGCGCUACGUCAGUGUCAUCCUGAAGAUGGAAGCGAUGCUCCAUAGCUGGUUUCCUCAAGUCCGAGCCCGCCGAGACCCAGACCCAGACCAGCACACUGACAGCCAGGAAGAGCACCACACUCCAGCUAAGAGACACAAGCAGUGCCAUGCCCCAGCCCACCCACCCCCUCCAGCCUCUCCUCCCAUCGUCUCCCCCCCAGAGGGUGACCACCACCCAGCCCUGCGAGCCUCCCACGGACCUCUACCUGGCUCCUUCCCUUACUCCUCUGCCACUCAUCUCAAAUGUCUCCACACUGCCCUCAUCUGCUCCUCCAAGACAGAGACAGAGACAGCCCAGCAAGAGCCACCGGGCCUGGGCAGGCCCUCCACCGGCUGCUCCCUGGGAUCCAACCGCCCAGCCGACGACCAGGAACAGACCCAAGACGACGCGGUGUCCUCCAGCACCGACCCCCAGGCGAGCCCUGUGGACUCCCACCUCCAGACCCACCCCUACAGAGUCAGACCCCGAGCCCAUCGACGAGGGCCUCCGUCGGGGAAGAUCAGCUCACCCUGCCUGGAGAGGCUGCUCCAGUCCAAGGAGAGCAUCAUCGCACCCAGAAACACGGGAGGUGAUGGUCGUGGUGGUGGGGAGAGCAGCCGUUCGUAACAGCUGGACCCAGACAUGGUCCAUGGAGGAGAUAAGGACUGAUCUGGGUACAGAGUUGACCCGGGAGAGACACAGCUGUAUCUUUCCACAACAGGCUCUCCAAUACAGCAGAGGGCAAAGGUCGGUGUCUGAGCGGGGCGCGACAGUGGCUGUCUCUUUAAGAGCUGUGCGUCAUGUGAUCCAUUAUGUGAUCAUACUAGCUGCAGUAAAACACUGAGACAUGGAGGACAGGAGAUAUACUAUAGACCUGCAGUAAGACACUGAGACAUGGAGGACAGGAGAUAUAUUAUAGACCUGCAGUAAGACACUGAGACAUGGAGGACAGGAUAUAUAUUAUAGACCUGCAGUAAGACCCUGAGACAUGGAGGACAGGAGAUAUACUAUAGACCUGCAGUAAGACACUGAGACAUGGAGGACAGGAGAUAUAUUAUAGACCUGCAGUAAGACACUGAGACAUGGAGGACAGGAUAUAUAUUAUAGACCUGCAGUAAGACACUGAGACAUGGAGGACAGGAGAUAUAUUAUAGACCUGCAGUAAGACACUGAGACAUGGAGGACAGGAGAUAUAUUAUAGACCUGCAGUAAGACACUGAGACAUGGAGGACAGGAUAUAUAUUAUAGACCUGCAGUAAGACACUGAGACAUGGAGGACAGGAGAUAUAUUAUAGACCUGCAGUAAGACACUGAGACAUGGAGGACAGGAGAUAUAUUAUAGACCUGCAGUAAGACCCUGAGACAUGGAGAAGAGGAGAUUUAAGAAACAAAACCAAGCUUAGUCUGUCUGCCCUCAGAAUAACAAACAAAACUAACCUUGGUUUUGUUUGUUAUCUUGAGGACACAGAGAGAGAGAGAGAGAGGAGUAAAACAGAAAGGGUGUUGGGUAAAGGAGAGAAACCCCAGUCUCCAUCAGUACCUUACUUGCAGUAGCCCAUCACUUGGUUGACAUUUCAUUUAGUGCAGUUGAGUUGGACUUAUCUGGCCUGAGGAAGUUGAGUUGGACUUAUCUGGCCUGAGGGAGUUGAGUUGGACUUAUCUGGACUGAGGGAGUUGAGUUGGACUUAUCUGGACUGAGGAAGUUGAGUUGGACUUAUCUGGACUGAGGAAGUUGAGUUGGACUUAUCUGGACUGAGGAAGUUGAGUUGGACUUAUCUGGCCUGAGGAAGUUGAGUUGGACUUAUCUGGACUGAGGAAGUUGAGUUGGACUUAUCUGGCCUGAGGAAGUUGAGUUGGACUUAUCUGGCCUGAGGAAGUUGAGUUGGACUUAUCUGGCCUGAGGAAGUUGAGUUGGACUUAUCUGGACUGAGGAAGUUGAGUUGGACUUAUCUGGCCUGAGGAAGUUGAGUCGGAUUUAUCUGGCCUGAGGAAGUUGAGUUGGACUUAUCUGGCCUGAGGGAGUUGAGUUGGACUUAUCUGGCCUGAGGAAGUUGAGUUGGACUUAUCUGGACUGAGGGAGUUGAGUCGGACUUAUCUGGCCUGAGGAAGUUGAGUUGGACUUAUCUGGACUGAGGGAGUUGAGUCGGACUUAUCUGUCCUGAGGAAGUUGAGGGUGAUCAGAUUGAUAAAUGGUUGUAACUGGAUAGCCUGGUUACCCAUCUGGGAACAAGAAGGGUCUUAAAAAGCAGGACUAAUAACAGGAAUACUGGGAUAUGGGGUCGUGUUAUUCCGACAGCUGACAGAAUGUGAUCAGAUCCCAAAUGGACCCGUGAUAUCCACCCUGGUAGAGUAGUAUCACAUUGAAAGGUAACUAACAUCUCACUCAUCUCUGAUGGACUCUUCCUUCAUUCAGUCCACUUGUUUUUCUUAGUUGACACAAUAACGUGACCUCAUGUUGACAUCAUGUCCACGUUGGACCAUAGAUAGGAUCAACAACAACAACGAGACAACCUGACGUCAGCCAUUCCACCUAUCAGCUUGGCCCUGACGCGACUCCCUGCUCCUCCUGUGUGACACGCCAAGGGUCACUGUGGAGACCUUGAACUACACCAAGAGAAGAUUUAUCAGGUCCCAGACAGACAGACAGACAGAUAGACAGACAGACAGACCUGGACAGUGCCUGUCAAGCAUUUCACUUGGGCUGUAAUGUGAUGAACUGAGAGAAAGAGGCGGAGAGGAGGAGAGAGCGAUGGAGAGAGAGAUGGAGAAAAUGAGAGUGUGAUGGAGAGAGAGCGAGAGAGCGAUGGAGAGAGAGAUGGAGAGAGAGACAGACAGACUAUGACAACAGAGAAAGAGAGAGAGACACAGAGAGAGACAGACUUGCUUUGGCAAUGUUAACAUAUGAAACACAUGCCAAUAAAACCCCUUGAAUUGAAUUGAGCGAGAGAGAGACAGACUAUGAAGAUAGAGAGAGAAGAGAGAGAGAGGAGACAGACUAUGAAGAUAGAGAGAGAAGAGAGAGAGAGGAGACAGACUAUGAAGAUAGAGAGAGGAGAGAGAGGAGACAGACUAUGAAGAUAGAGAGAGAAGAGAGAGAGAGGAGACAGACUAUGAAGAUAGAGAGAGAAGAGAGAGAGAGGAGACAGACUAUGAAGAUAGAGAGAGAAGAGAGAGGAGACAGACUAUGAAGAUAGAGAGAGAAGAGAGAGAGAGGAGACAGACUAUGAAGAUAGAGAGAGAAGAGAGAGAGAGGAGACAGACUAUGAAGAUAGAGAGAGAAGAGAGAGAGAGGAGACAGACUAUGAAGAUAGAGAGAGAAGAGAGAGAGGAGACAGACUAUGAAGAUAGAGAGAGAAGAGAGAGAGAGGAGACAGACUAUGAAGAUAGAGAGAGAAGAGAGCGAUGGAGAUAGAGAGACACAGAGAGAGAGAGAGAGAGACAGAGAGAGAGACAUAGAGAGAUAGAGAGAGACAGAGAGAGAGAGAGAUAGACAGACAGAGAUAGAGAGAGACAGACAGAGACAGACAGAGAUAGAGAGAGACAGACAGCGAUAGAGAGACAGAGAGAGAUAGAGAGACAGACAGCGAUAGAGAGACAGAGAGAGAUAGAGAGACAGACAGAGAUAGAGAGACAGACAGAGAUAGAGAGACAGACAGAGAUAGAGAGACAGUCUUCCAUAGAGAGCCUGAGCUACAGUGUGAGGGACAAUACAACAGCCCCACUACCUCCUACCAGUCAUUUCCUGUUCUAUCCAGUUAACCAUUAACUCUGACAAUCCUUCGACACACCAGAUAAUGGCUGGGUCCCAAAUGGUGCCAUUUGGAAUGCAGUCAAUGUGUGAACAAUAUCUGACACCAGAUACCAUGUGAUGUAAACAACAAUAUCUGACACCAGAUACUAGAUACCAUGUGAUGUAAACAACAAUAUCUGACACCAGAUACUAGAUACCAUGUGAUGUAAACAACAAUAUCUGACACCAGAUACUAGAUACUAUGUGAUGUAAACAACAAUAUCUGACACCAGAUACUAGAUACCAUGUGAUGUAAACAACAAUAUCUGACACCAGAUACUAGAUACCAUGUGAUGUAAACAACAAUAUCUGACACCAGAUACCAUGUGAUGUAAACAACAAUAUCUGACACCAGAUACCAUGUGAUUUAAACAACAAUAUCUGACACCAGAUACCAUGUGAUGUAAACAACAAUAUCUGACACCAGAUACCAUGUGAUGUAAACAACAAUAUCUGACACCAGCUGCCAUGUAAACAACCAUAUCUGACACCAGAUACUAGAUACCAUGUGAUGUAAACAACAAUAUCUGACACCAGAUACUAGAUACCAUGUGAUGUAAACAACUAUAUCUGACUUCACACCAGAUACUAUGUGAUGUAAACAACAAUAUCUGACACCAGCUACCAUGUGAUGUAAACAGCAAUAUCUGACACCAGAUACCAUGUGAUGUAAACAACAAUAUCUGACACCAGAUACUAGAUACCAUGUGAUGUAAACAACAAUAUCUGACACCAGAUACCAUGUGAUGUAAACAACAAUAUCUGACACCAGAUACCAUGUGAUGUAAACAACAAUAUCUGACACCAGAUACUAGAUACCAUGUGAUGUAAACAACAAUAUCUGACACCAGAUACUAGAUACCAUGUGAUGUAAACAACAAUAUCUGACACCAGAUACUAGAUACCAUGUGAUGUAAACAACAAUAUCUGACACCAGAUACUAGAUACCAUGUGAUGUAAACAACAAUAUCUGACACCAGAUACUAGAUACCAUGUGAUGUAAACAACAAUAUCUGACACCAGAUACUAGAUACCAUGUGAUGUAAACAACAAUAUCUGACACCAGAUACUAGAUACCAUGUGAUGUAAACAACAAUAUCUGACACCAGAUACUAGAUACCAUGUGAUGUAAACAACAAUAUCUGACACCAGAUACUAGAUACCAUGUGAUGUAAACAACAAUAUCUGACACCAGAUACUAGAUACCAUGUGAUGUAAACAACAAUAUCUGACACCAGAUACUAGAUACCAUGUGAUGUAAACAACAAUAUCUGACACCAGAUACUAGAUACCAUGUGAUGUAAACAACAAUAUCUGACACCAGAUACUAGAUACCAUGUGAUGUAAACAACAAUAUCUGACACCAGAUACUAGAUACCAUGUGAUGUAAACAACAAUAUCUGACACCAGAUACUAGAUACCAUGUGAUGUAAACAACAAUAUCUGACACCAGAUACUAGAUACCAUGUGAUGUAAACAACAAUAUCUGACACCAGAUACUAGAUACCAUGUGAUGUAAACAACAAUAUCUGACACCAGAUACUAGAUACCAUGUGAUGUAAACAACAAUAUCUGACACCAGAUACUAGAUACCAUGUGAUGUAAACAACAAUAUCUGACACCAGAUACUAUGUGAUGUAAACAACAAUAUCUGACACCAGAUACUAGAUACUAUGUGAUGUAAACAACAAUAUCUGACACCAGAUACUAGAUACCAUGUGAUGUAAACAACAAUAUCUGACACCAGAUACUAGAUACUAUGUGAUGUAAACAACAAUAUCUGACACCAGAUACCAUGUGAUGUAAACAACAAUAUCUGACUUCACACCAGAUACUAGAUGAUGUAAACAACAAAAUCUGACUUCACACCAGGUACUAGAUACCAUGUGAUGUAAACACCAACAUCUGAUUCUAAACUGGCUCAUGUGUGAACACCAACAUCUGAUUCUAAACUGGCUCAUGUGUGAACACCAACAUCUGAUUCUAAACUGGCUCAUGUGUGAACAACAUGCACAUUGUUGAACAAUGUCUUCUGACUCGAUGGGAAGGAGUUUUUCCUUUGUCCCUUUUGACUCCAUGGGAAGGAGUUUUUCCUUUGUGUAAAUAUGUUUUGGACAAUGUUCAAGGUUUAUUUACUUUACCUCCCUAAAAAGGUGGCCUUUUGUGACAUUUUUAUACUUAAUAAAAAGAAAUGUGAUGAUAUUUGUUUUUCCCUGCGAAACAAAGUGUUCUCCAUAAUGUUUUGUAUUAUAAUUGUAAUAUUCUGAUUUCAUGUUGGUUUAAUGGUUUGUAAUUUCUAAAAUCGACCACUUCCAAGACCCCACUUAUUGAUCACAGAAUAAACUGACAAGUCCGUUCUGAA